GUCCAAUCAAUUAUCAUGCCAUCAUUCAAAUGAACUCGUGCGCCAGAAAUCUUCCAAGACAUGCAUAUUGUGGGCGCCCAGACCUGCGUGUAGUUUGACUUCUACUUACUGCAGAGACAACAAAUAAAUGGGCAGCCGAUGGUCAAGCUGGUCAAGACCCAGCACAUGGGCGGUCUAGUAUUCAAUGCUCGUCGAAGCACGUAGUUCGCUUUGAUGCAAGAGCCGUCCAAGCGUGCAUCCAAGCGUUUACCUUGCCCUGAUGUCGCGAGGGACCAAAGCGCUGGUCUACCGCGAUACUUAAGGCGUCCAGAUUGCGCGACCUUGGUUUCUGUACCACACAGAAACAAAUCACCCAUCGCUCACCGUGACCAGUAUCCAAUUCUAUCUUAUCCAAGAGAUGUCCCUCUUAUCUACAGAUAUUUCUGCGUCUAGCUUGUCAUCGUUAUCCCCAAAGUUCCUAGAGAUCGCUUCUAUUCUGACUGCCCAAGCCGAUAAAAUAAGGCAAAGAGAUCAAUCGAUCAUCAUGAUGCAGUCGAAGUUAGAUUCACAGCAGGCUGUCAUAGAGGAGAUUCGUUCGGAACAGCAACAGUUAAUAUCAUCCGUUGCAUCCUUCAUGGAAAGCAACGAGCAACGCGCGCAAAAGCAGAAAGAUACCUCAGCAGCACUUUCCUCGCCUAUCGUUUUGGAAACGCCAGAGCCUGCGACACCCGAUGCGAACCCAGGAGUAUCCCCAUGCACUUUCUCAGUGCCAAAGUUACCUUCCUCUCCAACAACUCCCACACCCGCAUUUCACCCUUCAUCUUAUCGUAAAAGCACUCCUGCUGCGUACGCCAACUUGAGGACUGCCACCGCUGAUGAUGGAUGGAGAGUUCCGGAGCACUACAUUAAAGCACAACGAGGUGGCCGACUUCGGCGCCAGGGUGCUUUCUAUGGUAUUCCCGAUUGGACUACUAUGUCAGCAAUCUCUGCUAGUUACGGCGUGCAUGAUUCUGGUGCCCCUCCCUCUCCUCCAGCGAGCUCUCAGAUCCAAGAAGAAGCGGAGAAUUGUCACGCAGAUGUGCGCACGCCGGUGGAAGUUAUGCUGGAAAUAGAUGCUGCUGUUGAUGCCGUGAAGGCUGCACUAAGCAACGAAAGCGAUAGGGCCCCUGGUACCUCUUCCCGUGACUCCUGCAAGCGUUUCCGAGAUCUCGACGAGCAUGAGGCACGCAAGACUGCAAAUCGCACGCACCCCUACUUGAGGACUGCCACCGUUGAUGAUAGAUGGAGAAUUCCGAAGCACUACAUCAAAGCACAACGGGGUGGCCGACUUCAGCGCCAGGGUGCUUUCUAUGGUACUCCCGACUGGAUCACUAUGUCAGCAAUUUCUGCUAGUCACGGUGUGCAUGAUUCUGGUGCACUUCCCCCCUCUCCUCCAGCGAACCCUCAGGUCAAAGAAGAAGCGGAAAAUUCCCGCGUAGAUGUGCACACGCCGAUGAAAGUUACACAGGAAAUAGAUGCUGCAGCCGACGCCGUGAAGGCUGCAGUAAGCAACGAAGGCGAUAGGGCCUCUAGUACCUCUUCCCGUAACUCCUGCAAGCGUUGCCGAGAUCCCGACGAGCAAGAGGCACGCACGACUGCAAAUCGUAUGGACAUAUCUAGCAUCGUUCAUACUACGCCCGAUCGAUCUUCUUCCUCCGUUUUAUCCUCUUUGUGUUCCACUGGACAUGGUGCUGGUGGCUCUAACCGCGAUGGCUCCCCAAAGCGCAGACGUGUGGCUCGAGAAAUCGUUGACUCUGAUGCGGUUUCUGACACGAAACGCCCGAUUCGCAGAAGUCUGCGCCAUGCGAUGCCCCGUUGAUACCGUUUUUUGCAACUUACGUGACACCUCUUGUAUCAUAUUUACCUCGUUAGUUCCGCCCACUGCUCAAGGAUGAUCGAUGGGCGCUUGAGCGGUCUGCAGGGUUGUAUUACUAUAUAUAUGAAUCACAUCGAGGUUAAUGAAUGCUUUU